CAGACUCUCUUGGCAGUUACUGGCAGAGGACGCUCGGCAGCACCUGGCCGGCAGGGUGUUCCAAGGAGCAGCCAUGUCCACCCUGUACCCAUCUCUGGAGGACCUGAAGUUGGACCAAGCCAUUCAGGCCCAGGCCAGAGCUGCACCCAGAAUGCCUGCCCUGCCAGUCUCCCAGUCUUCAGUUUUGUACCCAAGCCUGGCAGAAUUGGAAAAUUAUAUGGGUCUUUCCCUCUCCAGCCAAGAAGUCCAGCAGAACCUGCUUCAGAUUCCAGAAGGUGCUAGUAUGGUGGGCUCUGGCUCCUCGCUGGGCCAGCUGGUGGCACCACUGUCUGGGAACAGCCUUGGCACACGGCGUGCGGAGAUCAAGCCCGGGGUGCGUGAGAUCCACCUGUGCAAGGAUGAGCAUGGCAAGACUGGGCUGCGGCUAAAGGCCAUUGACCAGGGGCUCUUCGUGCAGCUGGUGAAGGCCAACAGCCCUGCGUCUCUUGUGGGGCUGCACUUCGGGGAUCAGAUCCUGCAGAUCGACGGGCGUGACUGUGCCGGGUGGAGCACGGACAGAGCCCAUCGGGUGCUGAAGAGGGCGUCGGCCGAGAAGAUCGUCAUGGUCGCUCGGGACAGGCCCUUCCAGCGGACCAUCACCAUGCACAAGGAUAGCAUGGGCCACAUCGGCUUUGUCAUCAAGAAGGGGAAGGUCAUCUCUGUGGUCCAAGGGAGUUCUGCGGCCUGCAACGGGCUCCUCACCAACCACACCAUGUGCGAGGUGAACGGGCAGAACGUCAUUGGGCUGAAGGACAAAGAAGUCACAGAGAUUCUGGCCAUGGCCAGGAACGUUGUCACCUUGACCGUCAUCCCCACCGUGAUCUACGAGCACAUGGUCAAAAAGUUGUCCCCGACCCUGCUCCACCACGCCAUGGACCACUCGAUCCCAGAUGUCUGAAGCCAGAGGAGGGCCGUUCAGCCGGCCCACCCUCCCACCAUCCUGCAGGAAAGGGCAGAGUCGUCUGAGGACAGGUGUGGGGGGAGGCUGGCUGACUGGGGCGGGGCUGUCCUGAGGGGGCGCACGCAGACCUCCUCGGAGCCUCAGACUCGGAGCUGCACUGGGGCCCAGUGACUCUCUGUGCGGUUGAAAUGGGUUGAAAUGUGGGGCACGUAGGCAAGCCGGCCAAACACUUCUUAAAGUUGCAGCUGGGUCCCUUGCAAGACUUUUGCUGCCUCUACCAGAAAAACAGUUUGACGUUUUGAGAGAACACGACCUCGUUCUUUGUGAGAAUUUUUUCUUUUCCCCUUGCUUGCUGUGUGUCACAAACUGUACGUAGU